CAGAAAAUCAUGGCUGGUUUUUCAAGAACUGUCUCUGCUUCUCUUUUGUUCCUAUUCCUCCUCUUUGGCUUCUCUGCAGCUAAGGAACUAUUGGUUGGAGGCAAGAUAGAUGCAUGGAAGAUUCCAUCUUCUGAAGCAGAUUCCCUUAAUCAAUGGGCUGAAAGGUCUCGUUUCCAUGUCGGCGAUCAUCUUGUGUGGAAAUAUGAGGGUGGGAAAGACUCAGUUUUGGAAGUAAACAGGGAAGAGUAUGGUAAUUGCAGCACAUCAAACCCCAUUAAAGAGUACAGUGAUGGGAACACUAAGGUGAAGCUUGAUCGUCCUGGGCCAUUCUACUUCAUAAGUGGAGUAAAGGGUCAUUGUGAGAAGGGCCAAAAGAUCAUUGUGGUGGUUAUGUCUCCAAGGAACAGAUACGCUGGAAUAUCACCUUCACCAGCACCUUCUCCAGCAGCAGAGUUUGAAGGUCCAGCUGUUGCUCCCACUAGCGCUGCUACAGCUUUACAAGGUGCCCUUGUGACUGCUUUGGGAGUUUUGGCUAUGUAUGUGGGUUUUCUCAUGUGAAUCACCCCCAUCUCUUUACCUAUUAUUAGGUUGGAUAGUAAGAGACUGUCAAAGUGAGGUUAUUGUGAUUUUUUUUUUGGUCUUGAUUC